AUGAAUCCAGCCGGGCUAAUAAAUCACUCCUCGGAAGGGAGAUUUAUACGGCUCUUCUCGUUCCUCGCUGCGGCCGGCUUCUUUGGACAGGUUCUGCCUCUUGCACCAACAGACUCAUGGCGAGAUGUGGACCUCGGCCAAUCCUCAUAUGCUGGUGGAAACCAUAACUUGGAUCCUGCUGUUGUCGACAGCUCGCUGUUCGGUCUUCUGUGGAAGGUAGACUUCAACCCAGGAGAAACCCAUUACGCUAGACCGUUGGUUUAUACACCCCCAUCGACAAACAAGCAGAUCGUUUUUCUGGCAUCGACCGAGAAUAUACUCCGAGUCCUUGACGCAGAGACUGGAGAAGUUUUGAAGGAGAGGAAGGUCGAUGAGCCAUUCCACAUGUCGGAGGCGUUUUGUACACAAGUAUCAGAGACCCUUGGAGUUCUGGGCACGCCAACUAUCGACCCAGGAACCGACACCGCUUACUUCUUCGCAAAGUCGUACAUCCCAUAUUACCGCGACAACACGCCAACCGGUAUUAUAAACGGAGUGUACUACUUCUACGCUGUUGACGUCAAGACGCUUGAAGACAGGGAAGGAUUUCCUAUUCUUGUUGAUGGUCUGCCGGCGGACAAUGAUCCUAGGAGAUACUUCAUCGGCGGUACGAUCCUGCAACGCCCAUCAAUGCUGCAACUCGGUGACAUCGUCUACGCUGGAUUCGGUGCGAUGUGCGACGCGUUUAACCUCACCGGGACAAUCAUGGGGGUGGAUGUGAAGCAAAAGAAAGCGGCCACGAACUGGGUAACACAAGCAGGGCCCGACUCUCCGUUCUCAGACGAUUGGACAGCUUGGCAUGGCGGUGGUCCAGGUGGUGUCUGGCAAGCCGGACAAGGCCUCUCAACUGACGGAAAUGGCAACAUCUUCUUCGUUGUCUCCAGCGGUGGCGGCUCGCUGCCGGACCCCGUCAUUGACACGAUACCUAGGCGCGGCAAUGCAAGCAUAUCUGUCUUGUCAGAAGCCGUUGUUCGCGUCACACCCGCAACGGAUGGUGGCCUUGAUUUGGCCGACUUCUUCCGGCCGUACAAUUACCAGUUCGACGACGGAAGGGGUCUCGGCUCUGGUGGAUUCGCCAUACUGGAUUCACACUUCAGUUCUCCCAGUGUAGCUCGCAUUGGCGCAGUGGCGAACAGGAAUCAUCAGAUCCUCAUCUUCGACGUUUCCGACUUGGGAGGUUAUCGUCAAGGUUUGAACGGAACGGACGCCAUUCUGCAAGCGAUCCCUACCAGUGGCGAAGUUUACGGCAGUGUUGGCGCUUAUCCGUUGGAUGGCGGUUACAUCUAUGCAUCUCCAAUCGGACAUCCUCUCGCUGCAUACAAGUUCUCCAUUACCGACGUCGGUAGGCCGCAAUUCGUCUUCGCAGGGCAGUCAGAAGUGUCCAGCUUAGAACAGCGUGGAACGGGCAUCCCAACGGUGACAUCUUUCCGUGAAGAGCCGGGCACCGGAAUUGUCUGGCUCACGGACCCUGUCGAGGGUUUGAGAGCCUGGCAUGCAAUUCCCGGAGAAAAUGGCGUAUUGAAACAGAUCGACCUUCCGACGAUAAACGGAGCCAAUCGAUACUCGAGACCGUCAUUCGGAGAUGGAAAGGUGUACGUGGUGGAUGCAGCGGGAAGCGUGGUUUGCCUUGGCGUUAAGGCAUAG